AUGUCUUUUCCAGUAGCAGAAGAAGCAAUUCAAAACACAACCGAAGAAGUUGAAGACAUCGUUGAUCCAUGGAAUGUGGCUAGUACCUCUGACAAAGGAGUUGAUUAUGAUAAAUUGAUUCGUCGUUUUGGUUCAUCAAAGAUCUCACCUGAACUAAUUGCACGUAUCGAAUCAAUCAUCAAAAAACCAGUUCAUUAUUUCAUUCGACGAGGCAUCUUCUUCUCACACAGAGAUCUCGAGUUGAUUCUCAAUGCUUAUGAACAGAAGAAACCAUUCUUCUUAUACACUGGUCGUGGUCCAUCAUCCGAAGCCAUGCAUCUUGGUCAUUUAAUUCCAUUCAUCAUGACCAAAUGGUUACAAGAUGUGUUUGACGUUCCAUUGGUCAUUCAGAUGACUGACGAUGAAAAGUUUCUCUGGAAAGACAUAACAAUUGAGGAUGCCAAUCGAUAUGCAUACGAGAAUGCAAAAGAUAUCAUUGCAUGUGGUUUUGAUCCAACAAAGACAUUUAUUUUCUCCGAUUUCGAUUUUAUGGCGCAAUGUCCAAACUUCUAUCGUAACAUUUGUCGAAUUCAAAAGAGUGUCACAUUCAAUCAAGUGAAAGGCAUCUUUGGUUUUACUGAAAGUGAUUGUAUUGGAAAGAUUGCUUUUCCUGCAAUUCAAGCUGCGCCCAGUGUUAGUUCAUCAUUUCCAUUUAUAUUCGGUGAAAAAUUGAAACAAGAAUUUGCUUGUUUGAUUCCAUGCGCUAUUGAUCAAGAUCCGUAUUUUCGUAUGACUCGUGACGUUGCACCACGUUUGAACUUUCCCAAACCAGCGUUGAUGCAUUCAACGUUUUUUCCAGCACUUCAAGGUGCUAAAUCGAAAAUGGCUGCAUCGGAUACAAAUUCAGCUAUUUUUCUCACUGACACACCGAAACAAGUCAAAGACAAAGUUAAUAAACAUGCGUUCAGUGGCGGAAAAGAAACAGUCGAAGAACAUCGAGCUAAAGGCGGUGAUUGUGAUGUUGAUGUUUCAUAUCAAUAUCUUCGAUAUUUCAUGGAAGAUGAUGAACGACUUGAACAAAUUCGUCAAGAUUAUUCAUCAGGAAAAUUAUUGACCGGUGAAUUGAAAAAGAUCUUAAUCGAAGUUUUACAAGGUUUAGUCGCUAAACAUCAAGAACGUCGAAAAGAGGUAACAUUGGAUGUUGUUCGUCAGUUUAUGACACCAAGACAACUCAAUUUCCGUUAUUGA